UGAUGAUAGGUUUUUAUAAUCAGAAGUUGAAGUCAAAGACUAACGUUAGGUUUGCAUCUGAAUCUAACUGGGACGAACUUUUCCCCCGAGUGCGUUUCAUAUGAUCGUAUUAGAGUCGAGGUGAAAGUUUCCUCAAUUCCCUCUGAAAAUUAUGAGCGGAAGAUUAAAUAGAUGUGAGAGGAAUAGAAGCACAGAAAUUAUGAGACUACAGAAAGAUCAAGCAGUUAUUGGGAUAUAUCUGGACUCUUCGUUGAUUCUGGACACAAGACAAAUUCUAGAUAAUAUCAAUAUAGAUUUGGUUAUAAAGUGUUCAGGUGCAUAUCUGGCUAGAAUCUUUUUCUCUUUGGAGUUUGGUUGUUUGACGCAAGAGGACAUCAGCCAACUUUGUAGGAUGCUUUAUUUUUUGCAAGAUAUUGUAGUGUGGAAUUAAUGAAGCUUCUGCAUUCUGAUGUUGAGGAAACUGACCUGAAGUAUCAGGUGCAGGGUCUUGCAUGUGAAUUUUUGUAGAGAUAAGUGUACGAGGAUGAGUGUGAGAUGGGAAACAGAAGGUUUACAGACAGUGGGCAUCGUCUGCCUGGUCAUCAUGUUUCUCAAACUUAUGCAUCUGCUCGGACUCAUAGAUAUAACAGAGACAGACAGCAGUGACAGUGACCUGGAGCUGUCCACGGUACGACACCAGCCUGAGGGUCUGGAACAGCUGCAGGCUCAGACCAAAUUCACCAAGAAGGAGCUGCAGUCUCUGUACAGGGGCUUCAAAAAUGAGUGCCCAAGCGGUUUAGUCGAUGAGGAAACUUUCAAGACCAUCUACUCUCAGUUCUUUCCUCAAGGGGAUGCAACCACAUACGCCCAUUUCCUGUUUAACGCAUUUGACCUAGACAGAAAUGGCUCUAUUCGUUUCGAGGACUUUGUGAUUGGUUUAUCUGUGUUGCUGAGAGGGACUGUCACCGAGAAGCUCAACUGGGCUUUCAACCUUUACGACAUCAACAAGGAUGGAUACAUCACCAAGGAGGAGAUGCUGUUAAUCAUGAAGUCCAUCUACGACAUGAUGGGCAGGUAUACCUACCCCUGUGUGAGAGACGAUGCUCCAUCUGAACACGUGGAGAAGUUUUUCCAGAAAAUGGACAGAAAUCGAGAUGGUGUGGUCACUAUUGAGGAGUUUAUCGAGACCUGUCAGAAAGAUGACAACAUCAUGAACUCCAUGCAGCUCUUUGAAAACGUGAUAUAGAUUGUGAGUGAAUCUAACACUAAAAAACCCUCGAUGUCCCAGAUCACUCUCUAUAUACCAAACUAGCACAGCAGUCACACUGUCUUGUUCUGUAGCACUACUCCCAUGCCUGUUGCACUUCUAAUCAAUCUAAUAGAUCACAUAGCCUAGUGCGGUACAGGCUCACCGUUUCGUCUUCUCAGCGGGACUACUUAAAAAAUAAUUAAAGACUGAAUGGCUGGGAUCCCUCCUACUUUUGGAUCAGACUGAGAAAUUGAAGUUGCAAAGCCAAGUUUUGUAUUAAUGAUGGUUCCAAUGGAGUCUUCAACUUACAUAUGAAAACCAUCCCUGGACUGCUUUCCUCUGCCUUAUGAAUAAAGGAAAUGACUCAAUAACAACCUUCCAGCUAACACAGAUACCAAGGAAAGUAUGUAAAAUGUGGAUUUUUUUGGGGACCUGACGUAACCUUCGGCACCACAGUGACAAUUUGAAGCACACCAUAGACUACACAAGCAGCGAAAAGCAUAUUCACCGGAUGAACAAAAUAGAUGUGAUUAUAAAGAAAAACUGAACUGAAGCAUGCUUGUCCAAAUAUGUGAGAUAUUAGUGAUUUUCUUGCAUGGAGACUGACAAAGUUGUACAUUUUCUUCCUUGUAAGCCAGUAGGUCCCACAAAAGGCCGUAAGCAAGCUAAAGAAGCUGUAUGUGUGAAGUAACCUAGUGUACCUGUGAUUAUGAGUUCUGCUCAAACUUGUAUUGCACAUAUCAGUGGGGCCAGGAUGAUUUGUUUGGUCACAUUUUAUUCUUGCACAGCAAUGAGGUAUAUCAAAAGGAAUAUAUAUUUAAUAUAUAGGCAUUUUAGUCUGCUUUAAAUCCGAUUAUGCAUUUUAUUUUUGGGAAUGUAUUUAUUUGUCAGACAGUGUCAUGCAGGGUUUGGACGUAAACUGAAAUGCUCGAGUUACUUAUAUUGUGGUUUACAAAUGUUUUGAUGCUCAUUUAAAUCAAUUAUUUGGAUUUUGCUAUACGGUGUAGAUGUAGCGGAGAUAAUAUAUGAGAGGCUUUGUUUAUUUUUAUUGUAUGGUUAUGUUCUUAUAUAUUGUUUAGUGAAGGCUGAAUUUUAUUAUUCUUUCAUGAGGUAAAGAAUGCACAAUGGCCAACUUGCUCUUCCAUUUGACUAUUGUAAUAUCAGGAAUAAAGCGGUUGUUGUAAAAUUUUCCUCAUAUGCAGA